AUGACUGAAGUGAAGCGUGGUACGCUCAAAUUUUAUCAUCGUGGCUUAUUGAACAAAAGAUGGAAAGAAUAUCGUUUUAUUCUGUAUGAUUCAAGCUUACUGACUUGGUAUGCUGAUAUCAAACAUAAAAAGCCAGAUGGCAUGGUUUUACUCAAAGAUGUCGAACGAUUUAUAUGUGUUGGUCCGUAUACAAGGUUUUUACCUGAUUUUCCACAUUUGGAACAUGAAUAUGAUCAAAUAGCAUUGAUUGCUUUUCCUAUGUCCAUCAAAGAUCGUGAUCGAGAUAUUGUCUGGCUUCUGUGCGAGGAUGUCGAAGACUUAAACUCGUGGAUGAAAGCAAUCAUUCAAACGUUACCAUCCCAUACACUACGUAUGGAGAGAUUAACUCAACCUACCUCACCAUCCAUCGACAAUGCGUCUCCAGUUACAUCUGGACUAACUUCACCGGAAGUCACCAGUUCCGAGCCGUUAGUAUUUCAAGCGAGUGAAGUUGCAAUUCCACUCGCAGCUGGUUUUAUCGGAAGCCGUCUUCAAGGCAAUGCAAUGAAUUCAAAGGAAUGUCCAUUAAAAAAAGCUGGUUAUGAUUAUGGAGACACUCUCUGGGGAACGGGCGAAGAGUUAUUCAUGACAGCUGUUUAUUUGGAGGCGGAUGUUCCGGGUUUUGCUGCUAUUGGUGGUAACGGUUGUUACUCGAAUCAUAUGGAUCUCAUUCGGAACGAGGACGAUGAAGAAUCAUUGAAAUAUACGGAAGACAAUGUCGACGAAUCAGCGGAUGCCGAAGAAGCUACAUAUGAAGUAUCAGAAAAUGGAGAUAAUAACGAUGAAGAGGAAUCAAACCAUCGUGAGAAUGAAAGUGAAGAAUCAAGCGCAUCAUCUGGUGAUGAGAACGACGAUGUCGAAGAUGAAAUUAUAUCGCAGAUUGAGGAAGACCUACAGAUGAUUGAUAGCGACAGUGUGGAAUGA